AUGGAAGAAGAAACCUCUUCGCAUCCUGAGCAAGCAAAUCCGGCUACUAGGGCUGCACCAGCAGGAAAUGUUGGAUUACUAGAGAAAUUCAAGAAGCUAUAUCCAACGGAGUUUAAGGGUACUUUUAAACCUCAAGAGGUGGAGGAUUGGUUGAAAACGAUUGAGAGGGUUCUAACAACUUUGGGAGUAACUGAUGAACAGAAGGUGACUUUAGCAACCUUCACCUUGAAAGGGCAACCUUUAAUAUGGUGGGUGGGAAGUCAGAGGUUGCUGUCAGCCCCAUUACCAGGUAUUCAGCCACCAGUGCCACAAGUCAUUACAUGGGCGAGGUUUGUGAAGGCCUUUAAUGAUCGUUACUGUCUUGAGACGUAUCGUUUCCAGCAGGAAGCAGAUUUUAUUAAUCUUAAACAGGGGAGUAUGUCGGUGGCCGAAUACGAAGGCAAGUUUAAUGCUCUUUUAGCCUAUGCUACAGAUAUGGUUGAUACUGAAGAAAAGAAGGGUAGACGGUUCAGAGGUGGGUUGGAGGAUAAUGUUCGAACCAGAAUGACGACUUAUAAAAGAAAAAGACUAUGCGGAUUUGAUUGA